AUGGUAGCUCAACACCAGGGUACCUUCAAGUGGUACAACAGGAAGUCUGGCUACGGUUUCAUUCGUGAUUCCGUAGUCAACAAAGACUUCUUUGUUCACUACUCUGGCCUGAAGAGAUCCUUCAGGAAAGCGCUUCCCCGAGAAGGAGACAACGCCACCUUCACCAGCUUCAAGGGGAAGAAGGGACCUGAGGCCAGAGAGGUUACCAGGGAUGGCAAACAAGAACGCCCUCCUCCCCGACUUAAAUCGUCCCCCAUGGCCGGUAAAGCAGCAGAAGCCGAGUUCAGGAUGAAAGCCUGCAUCUGCACGGCACAAGUGCUCGCGGGCAACAACACCCGCCGCCUGCAGACCUUGAUACCGCUUCUGCUGAAGCACAACGGGCUUCCUACCAUUAGCAUCCCUGAGGAAGCUUUUACCACCACACGCCAUCGCGCUCAGAAGACCCAGAGAAGACGCCAGCCGCCCAAAGAAGAGCCUUGCCAUGAAGAACACCUGCCUCACCACACCACUGCUUCCCCUUCCCCUGCACCUAAAGAAGGCCGGCAAACGGAUAUGAAGACAACCACUAAGAACAUCAGCCAGUGGCAGUGGGACACCUUCUUCGACCAGGAGGAUGCACCGCCCACCAAGAACUACUUCCCAAGCUGCGAGAAACUCAUUGACGACAUGCUGAAGAGCUCCACCAAGACCAGCGACUCUUCCGACAAUGAGCAGAAAUCCAAGAAGAAGCGGCACCAGCGCCGCUAA